AAUUGAUGGACUUUUAGCGGUCUCUUGCCAGCUCGCGCAGAGUCUAACGCGGGCUAACUACACUACUAGAUAGUAUGCCAGAGGCGAUACACGCCCUGUGUUGCAUCUUUUGGUGCCUCCGAAGUACGCAGAGCACGCGGACCGAUCCGACUGUGAGGACUACUGCAGUGUUUUCUGAUUUGAAGAAUUCUCAGCGCUGGGAGUAUAGCAGAAGAAACAGAAUUGGAAUCAGACUGCUCUUCCAACUGCUCAUCGGAAGAGAUGCCGCAAUAAAGGUGCAGAAUAGACAGAAAAAAGAAUAGAGAGAAAAGUGGAGAGCAGAACACGGCCUUCUGGGCUCUAUCCCGUCGCCAACCGAGGGCUUAAGGGCUCCUGGACCGACCGCAGAGUACUGACCAAAAUAACGAUUACAAAGAGGACAAAUGAGAAAUGAUACCUUCACAGGGAGAAUGAAGACCAUAAAGAUGUCUGAGAUGUCUAAUAAAAGAAGCUGUAGUGAAGUCAGAAUAGUUAUAAUCAGAAAGAUGUUGAAUGCCAUAUAAAUUAUUAUACCCAGUGAAAGAAUAAACGACUUGGGAUGAAACUAUAAAAACAGAACGAACUAAAGAUGAGGACGAUGAAACAGCAGUAGACAAAAGGGAGCAGAAACGACUGUACACCAUAGAAGAUAUUGUAUCAAUCUGAGCAACACAAUGGACAAUAGCUGAAUGAGAAUUGUGGGGUAAGUUCCAGAGUUUACGUAAUAGUUUAUUCAAAGCGACUUCAAUAACGCUGAUGGAGGACGACGAGAGUGACCAUAAAGAGCAGCCAUACAAAGAUAGGCAAAAGGACUUAAGCAAAUAGCACUUCACAAAUGGGUCAGCUGCAUGAAAGGCACAGAGUAGAUGAUUGGCCUUACGAUUCAGAUCUUUGACAACUCUGAGAAUAUCACUACUGUCAUUUAGAUCAGAUGUGAGAAUGUGACCAAGAUGAGUAACUUCAUUAGAAUAGCGCAGGACGUGGUUGUUGAAUAUGAAGACAGGAGAACUAGGUUGGGUGUGACGAAGACGAAAACAAAUAAGCUGAAUCUUUUCAGCAUUAAACUUGAGACCAUGAGUAGACGCAUACGAAGAACAUGUUUAGCAGAGUUCUAAGUGCCGAUGCACCAACACAAUGUCAUCAGCAUAACAAACAGAACCAGCAAACAAGUUGCCCCAAUGACAACCAACACCAGAAGCAGCCAAUUUCUGAAGCAAACCAUCCAAAUACACAGAAAACAAGACAGGAGAAAGGACACCACCUUGCCUGACACCAUUAGACACUCUAAAAGAUUGAGAGAAUGACUGUUCCCAACGCACUUUCAUCCUUUGGUUACUGUAAUAGAAAGACAGAAAACGAACAACUGGGAGAGGUAAACCACGAUCAAUGAGUUUUUCAAACAAGAGACUAUGAUCUACGAGAUCAAAAGCCUUGAAACUGAAGAACCAUUAUGAAUGUAACGUGAAACAACAUUCUUGACAACACCAGAACACAAAGUGGUAGAAAAACCAGGUUUAAAACCAAACUGCAGUGGACUAGAAUAAAGAUAGCCAGAAUACUUAGUCAUGAUGAUAUUCUCCAAUAUUUUACUUAAGCAGGCUAUAGAACGAUAGUUUACACUGCAGGUGGCAUCCUUAUUCUUCUUGGAUACUGGAACAAGAACAGAGUCACGAAGACACUGAGGCUGUGACGAACAAGUGAGCUGAAGAAGAUGGCAAGAGGUGCCAUAACAGCUGAUGAAGCAUAAAUGAAGUGCUCGGAAAAUAUCCCAUCCCCGUCUGAUAGGAUGAGAGAGAGCACGGCCCAAAGGAUCAUUACGUUAUGCUUCGUGCGAUUGCGUCAGAGGUCAUGUAUGACCACGCCCCUUUCAUUUAGUAGUGCCGUUCUUUAUACCAAAGUACAGCAAUGAGAUAAGCACAUCACAAUACUAACUGUUGGUAAGGCUCCCCAUCUUUCCAGACAACCUCUAGAAACCUAUACUCAUUGACCCACA